GUCACCCGAAACAUGGCCAGCUAAAUCACACCAAGACAAUCCCGUCCCGCCCUAAUGAAUUAGCCCAGCUGCCCAUGUGGCCGCUGGAAUGUGCUUUGAUUCACAACUUCGUCACCCUUGACUCGCGCCCUCGACGCCUGCCUCUGCUGGAGCACGCGCUUCGUCUCUUUCCUAUUUCUAUUUCUGUAACAUUCUUUUUUUUAUUAACUCAACCGAAAUCAAAACAAAAUAGAUCUUCCAUGGCAUCUCUUUCUUCUUCUCAUCUCUCUUUUGGCAUUUACAUACAACAACAAGCUUCUUAUACAACAACCACUAAUAGCCUUAUACACAAUGCACGUCGCUUCAGCCCUUGCUGUAGCAGCGCUCUGCGUCACAACCCAUGCAAAACAGUUAAUUCCCGACUUUGAAAACAUCCGUAAUGAAAAAGAUACUAUCGUUACUCAUCAAAAAGCCUCCGUAUCAUCAUUCUCAGAGCAGUACAUACCCGGAAAAUUUACACGCACAGCCCAAGACAACACCCUCUGCGCUACUCGCGGCGAGAAGCAAUGGACAGGCACUGUAGACGUCUCCAUAGACAGGAGAUUAUUCUACUGGUUCUUUGAAAGCAGAAAUGAUCCCUCAAAGGACCCAGUCAUCGUCUGGCUCAACGGAGGGCCUGGCUCGUCUUCGAUGUUUGGACUGUUCAACGAAAUCGGCGCCUGUAGCCUCGACUCUACCUCUGAUAAAACAUAUAUUAACGAAUGGUCAUGGAACAACAAUGCCUCCGUCCUUUUCCUCGAUCAGCCAGCAGGUGUUGGCUUCUCGACAUAUCGCUCUGGUAGUCCCAUGCCCGAAUCUGAUCUCGACGGUGCAGCCGACUUUCAAUACUUUCUCAACACCUUCUUCUCCAAAAUGUUUCCGGAAAAGUCAAGAGUUCCUAUGCAUAUUGCGGCGGAGUCAUAUGGUGGUCACUACGGACCAGUAUACCUGAAAUACAUCAUUGAUGCACAAAAUGCCAAAUCACCGUCAGCUUUUAGAGGAAAUAUCCAGUCCCUUGUCCUCGUCAAUGGAGGGUUCGACUUUAGUGGCGAAGUAAUUGGCGAGGUGGACAUGUUCUGCCAGGAUAAUUCCAUUGGUAAGGGUAUUAUUAACAAGACAGACUGUGAUUUCAUGAAGAGUGCGCUACCAGAAUGCACCAAGCGCCGUGCCAUUUGCAACAAGAGCCUCUCGCAGACAGAUUGCUCUGACGCCGCGAAUUAUUGCCAUGACAAUAUUGACAUCUACUAUGCUACUCUUGUGGCCGAUGGUACUCGCAACUACUACGACAUUCGACUCAACUGCCCCCCAAGCCCUGACUCCUGUGAAGAAAAGGGCCAAGGAGACAUUGCCAAAUACUUGAACCGCGAAAUGGUAAAAAAGGCACUUGGAGUGUCAACAGAUACCCAAUUCGCGGAGUCUAACAUGGACAUCUUCAAAGCCUACGUCACCAAUGGAUCCUUCUUUACACCCCAAACACAGGCCAUUAGCCACGUCCUCGACACGCCACUUCCAUCCACUGGCAAAUAUAUUUCGAUCCUUGCCAUAAAUGGAAACUCGGACGCUCUUGUCAAUACACCGUCCAUCAUUAGUGCCUACAACGAAAUGAGCUGGAGCCAACAAACUAUGUUCCAGACAGCCAAGUGGAGUGCCCUUCCAAAGGACGUAGAGUCAAUUACUGGGCAGUGGAAGGCAACCAAGGAUGGCCGUCUCACACUCGUCACCGUUGACAAUGCUGGGCACAUGGUCCCCAGAAACCAACCAAAAGGAACCAAGCGAAUCGUCGACAAGUGGUUCCUAGGAGGCUGGAAAGCAUAAGACAUGGUUAUUCUCGUUUGGACGUUGUUCAUAAAGAUAAUGUGGCAUUUUUAGCGCCUAAAACAAUAAAAGGGUAUCUAGUAUACAUUGCACCUGUUUUGCUCUGCAAAUAAACUCCGGCCCGUUGCUAAUCAUAAAGAAUCCAUGCUCCAAUAUGCACCCACAGAUAUAUAAUGUUAUACGAAAAUAGUGCUCCUUUGGUAGGUUUACCAUCCCCAAGUUCUGCUAGCUGCGGAAAAGACGGGAGGCUUCCAUUGCACCUUUUCUGCGUCAAGCGUCCUCUUUGCCUUAAGUUUCUGAGCCUCACGCUGCUUGAUGAGCUUGUCAGGAAUAACAAUCUUGUGGUCACUCUUGUGGUAGACCUGCAUCUUCAUGGCCUGCAGCGUGUGUUCCACAUCCUGGGUGGUCAUUGCCAGCGCAGACGAGAUGGCUUCAAUGGUGACCUUGUCGCCACGCUCGUUGGCACUAAUCAAGAGAUCCAGAAUGUUCUCGGACCAGUACUGACGAUAACUCAGCAGUCCCAAAUCCGACAGCGGCUUUUCUGGCGAGCCAAGCUUGCCCUCAAUCUUGGAUAGCUCGUACGAGAACUGAAUCAAAAGUCGACCGUAUCCCUUUCUUUGGUAUUGUGGCAGUGUCAGAAUACAAGCAACGUUGUAUCCUUCUGCGCAUUCCUUCUCCUUGGAAAAGUAUCCAACGGUAUGGAAACCCUUCUCAGUUCUUGUCGCCAUGACGUAGAACAGAAACGGGUCAACAUCAUAGUAGAGAGUCUUGUGAUCCAGAAACAUCUUGGAGAUCAAGCACAGAUUGCGGCACCAUGUGCGCUGUCUGCGGCCGUCAAUCUCAAAGAAGGAAACGUAGUCGUCUCGGUAGAUUUCGUUGCCGGGAGGAUGCUGCAGCGUGCACUUGUGUCGGUGACGAGUGAAGGAGAACUCGUCGCCAUAGUAACUAAGGCAAAACUCGCAAAUAAAGAUGACGUCUUCUUGGGUAAACUCUUCAGGGUAUGGUGAAAAGUACCAUGGGAAGAGAUCAUUCUUGCCAAACUGGACCUUGGAAAUAUUUCUGAUACGAGCAAUCUCGCCAGGGUUCUGUGUCAUCGAUCCAGACGUUCGUAGCUUUUCGAUUUCGUCCUCGCGACUAAACUCCUCUGCCUUAUCCGCAUCGUCGACAUCCAUCUCAUCUCCAGGAGCCGGUGUACCUGCUGCUGUUGUUGGGCCUGCGCUGUCCGGUGCCUGCGAAUCGGCGUCGGCUGUAGACGCCGCCUUGUGUCCGUCUUGCGACUCCACGAACUCGGUCCAUGGGUGCGGCGUUGUAGCCUCGGAAUUGACGGACUGCUCACGCUUUCCGGGGCGCUUCUGUCCCUUCUUGGGGGGCUGCUUCUUGGUCGGGCCACUGGGAACCUUCUUCUUGGUUUCCUUGGGCUUGUCUUUUUCGGGGAUUGGCCAUUCGACUUCCUUGGUGAAGUCGAGUCUCUUUAGCGGCACCCACUCGUCAAGUCGCUUGUUGAAACUAUCGAAGUUGCAGUAGAAUUGCUUUCCGCUCUUUGUCUCCUUGAUACUGAGGACUUCGGCGCGUCGAGGCUGUCCGUCCUUCUCAACCCAGACGAUGCAGCCGGUCUUGACGGUAUCGGGAGUCGCCAUACUUUUUUGUCGGGGCACAUCUUUGCCAACGGUGGCCUCACCGUGAGCGCCGCCGGUUGCCAUGAUGAAAAAUCGCUUUGCGUUGUGUGCAGUUGAUGAAAGAUGCUGUCGCGCGACUGGUGGUGGCG